AUGGAUCAUACCGAGACUAGGAAGCCUCCAGUACAGGGUUGCGAGAGCAAUUCAAAAAAUAAGCCAAGCGAACCUAAGGAAAGGGGUGCAAACAAAUUUCUGAAAGUAGCACCCAGUCUGUUCACGCCCGAAAAAUUGCCUCUAUUCGAAAGCCUGGACCUAUACACAACGUUGAUUCGAAGCAGCAAAGCCUUGGAGCAGGGUGAGCGACUGCACAACCUUAGCUGGCGGAUAAUGAACAAAGCUUUGCUCAAGGACCAUGAGCUCAACAAGUCAAAGAAACGAGAUGGUGUAAAAAAUCUAUAUCGAGUGAUCAGUCCAGCUCAAAAUGGGCAACAACUCAACAACGUAAAAAAGCGUACAGACCAGAAGCAGCCCAUGCAAAUCAUGAGUGCAAUGCGAGGCUCGGUAAACGAUUCCAAGACAUCGAUAGAACCCAAAAACACUAACUCACAUCAUCACGUUCAUCAGCACCAUCACAGUCAACAACAUAAUGGUCAUCCUCACCACCAACCGCCAAUGGUAGCAAGUGAUUUACGAAACAAGAGGGGUGUGCAUAGGGACCAGGAUAGCAAAGCAGCGCCGUCAAAUGACAGCCAAGGCGCUGUGCGCUUCACUUUGGGCUCAGAAAAUGGCUCGAAAGUCUCGUCGCCGGAACCAGUUCAAACUUCGUCUACUGGACUAGAUCUACAUGGCCCCUCAGCCAUGAAACACAGGUCAAUUGGGAGCCAUGCUGCCAGCCACACAGGACUGGUAAAUAUUUCUGACGCUCAGGACCGGAAGAAGCCAACAAAGAGAAUGGGUCAACAACCGGGUUCUACUAGCAGUUUAUUUGCGCAUCGUGCUGACGAAAGACCUCAUUCACAAGGAAUAGUUUCAGCCGGAGUAUCUCACGAUCAGAAACCUAAAUCUCUCUUUGGGCAGCCGCCAGCAGGCCAGAGAUCGGAUUCACAAAGGGAACAGGACCGAGUGUUCAACAGCAGUGAUGAGGACGAGUCCGAUUGGAACUCACUAUCGGAUGAUUCUGAGCUCUACGAUGACGAAGAGGACGACCGAUAUUAUCAAAAGCAGUGGGAGAAGCUCAUGUUCAGUCGUAACGAAAAGAACCUCGCCAGCCGCACGGCCUCGCCAGCAACAUCGGACAAACACGACCCAAAAAGAAGUUUACUGAGCGGAUUGUUUCUCAGCGAGAUGGCUAAAAAGCCUUCUGCACCUUCUGCACCUUCUGCACCUUCCGCACCUUCCGCACCUUCCGCACGUUCUCUCAUGAGUUCACUGAGUGUUCAACAACCCACUCUGGAGGAAAGUAGUGUUGUGGCAGUUGGAGAUGUUACGCCUUCUUCGUCUUGGAAUAACACCUCCACCAUCAACCAAACCUUAACGCACGAGCAGCUUUCCGCUCACACUACUCCAGCGUACAUUCCAAGCCAGAGGGGUAGCUUCAGCAGCAUCAUAUCCGACUCCACGCGUCAAAGAUACAUUCACGAGUCCAAUGCACCUCCCACCGCGCAAACUAUUUUGCCGACCGCACUAUCCACACACAUGUUUUUACCAAAUAAUGUCCACCAGCAGAGAAUUGCGAAGUACGCAUCGGGCCUGCGACCGGAGUCUGCCAAGAGACGAGAAUCCAUGGAUAUUCCAUCUAAAAACAGCACUAACUCAUUUCUAAAAACAAGAAUGGAAUUGUCUGAAGAAGAAUAUUUCACGAAGACAAACGUGGGACGCUAG